UAAAAAAAAAAGUAAUCCGAAGUGGGAAAGUAAACCAGAGCCUCAGCAAUUGUUGGUCCUAAGGAAAUCCCGUCUCCCUCUACCCCUUAAUACUAGCCUCUCACUUCAAUCCUCUUUUGCUCUGACAAAAGUAAGAUAGAGAGUAGUGGAGAUGUCAAUGGCUUCUGCUACUCCAUUCCCAUGUUUCUUCCUCCCAAAGAAAACUUUUUGUAUUUCCCCUCCUUUCCUUAAAAAACACUUGCUUGUUACUACUUUGCCUUGUUGUUUGUCUGCUAAACUACCCCUCAAACUCAGCCCAAUUCGUACUUCUAUCAAAUGCGCUGUUUCUCAGGCUAUUCAAGCCCCAUCUGAGAAGAAGUGCCAAUUGAUGAGGAGAAGUGAUAUACGGAAUAUAGCAAUUGUUGCACACGUUGAUCAUGGGAAGACCACAUUGGUUGAUUCAAUGCUGAAACAAGCAAAGGUUUUUCGUGAUAACCAGUUUGUACAAGAAAGGAUCAUGGACUCCAAUGAUAUAGAGCGUGAAAGGGGAAUAACAAUACUAAGCAAAAACACAUCAAUUACUUUCAAAGAUACAAAAAUCAACAUAAUUGACACUCCAGGGCACUCUGACUUUGGUGGUGAAGUAGAACGCAUCCUCAACAUGGUUGAAGGGGUUCUCCUUGUGGUAGAUUCUGUCGAGGGUCCAAUGCCACAGACAAGAUUUGUCUUGAAGAAGGCUCUGGAGUUUGGCCAUGCUGUAGUUGUUGUAGUCAAUAAAAUUGAUAGACCUUCUGCUCGUCCAGAGUUUGUUGUUAACUCUACAUUUGAACUCUUCAUUGAACUAAAUGCAACGGACGAACAGUGUGAUUUUCAGGUAAUAUAUGCCAGUGGCAUCAAGGGAAAGGCAGGACUAUCACCUGAAAAUUUGGGUGAGGAUCUUGGCCCAUUAUUUGAGGCCGUCAUUAGAUGUAUUCCAGGACCCAAGAUUAAUAAAGAUGGUGCACUUCAAAUGCUUGCUACAAAUAUUGACUAUGAAGAACAUAAAGGGCGCAUAGCUGUUGGACGUGUGCAUGCUGGAAGUCUGCGCAGGGGAAUGGAUGUGAAGAUAUGUACAUCUGAAGACGAAUGCAGAUUCGGCAGAGUAAGUGAGUUAUUUGUGUAUGAGAAAUUCAGUAGAGUUCCUGCUGAAACUGUAGAAGCUGGAGAUAUUUGUGCGGUGUGUGGCAUCGAUGAUAUUCAGAUUGGAGAGACUAUCGCUGACAAAAGCGAGGGAAAACCAUUACCUUCAAUCAAGGUUGAAGAACCUACAGUGAAAAUGUCAUUUUCAGUCAAUACUUCCCCCUUUGUUGGCCGUGAGGGAAAGUAUGUUACUAGUCGAAACCUAAGAGACCGGUUGUACCGUGAGCUGGAAAGAAAUCUGGCAAUGAAAGUUGAAGAUGGUGAAACUGCAGAUACAUUCAUUGUCAGUGGACGUGGUACUUUGCAUAUUACCAUCCUGAUAGAGAACAUGCGAAGGGAAGGAUACGAGUUCAUGGUGGGACCUCCUAAAGUGAUAAAUAAGAAAGAGGGUGACAAAUUGCUGGAACCUUAUGAGAUUGCUACUGUUGAGGUUCCUGAAGAACAUAUGGGGUCUGUGGUUGAACUUCUGGGGAAAAGGCGUGGGCAGAUGUUUGAUAUGCAAGGGCUUGGGUCUGAAGGGACAACUUUCCUCAAAUAUAAAAUACCAACACGUGGUCUUCUUGGAUUGCGGAAUUCAAUCUUGACAGCUUCUAGAGGCACAGCAAUUCUCAACACAAUAUUUGAUAGCUAUGGACCAUGGGCUGGUGAUAUUUCUACUCGUGAUCUAGGUUCACUGGUUGCAUUUGAGGACGGAACAAGUACAUCCUACGCGCUCAUGAGUUCUCAGGACAGAGGACAAUUGUUUAUUGGCCCUGGAGUUAAUGUUUAUAAAGGCCAAAUAGUUGGUAUUCACCAACGGUCAGGUGACCUUGCCCUGAAUGUCUGCAAGAAAAAAGCUGCGACAAAUGUCCGUUCAAACAAAGAAGUAACAGUGGUUCUUGAUACCCCACUAGAUUUUAGUCUAGAUGAUUGCAUAGAAUACAUUCAAGAAGAUGAGCUUGUUGAAGUUACUCCAUCAAGUAUCCGGAUGUUGAAAAAUCCAAAGGCUACCAAAAAGACACGAUGAGGGUUUACAUAGAACGAGGCAAAGAGACGUGGUGAGUAUACAUAGAACGAGACAAAAUACUUGUUACCCAGCUCAUUAAUUCAUUCCAAAGCCUCUUUCUUUUGGAUAGUGCAUACAGGAUUAUUAGCAUGUUGGUACUUUUAACAUGUGAAUUGAAGUUUUGGUUAAUGCAGAGCUAUACAACAUUCAAAGCCUUCAACACAAAAGGUUGAAAUGUUUUGGUAGUUGGAUUUGGUUAGGCAUACAAAGGUGUGGUGUAUUUCUCACAAUUUGUAUAGAUGAUACGAUAGAGAGCAUGCAAAACAAUUUGCAAUAUUUGGUUAUUUGUUAGUGUAAUAACUAUUAUAGCGUUAUCAAAUUCCAUAUUUUUGUGUAAAAUUUACUUAAUGGGCUGCCCAUUAUUUAUUCCACAUGCAACUCAAGAAUAUGAUUUGGUUAUUUGUUUUUCCUUCAUAUGU